AUGGCAGCCAGCGGCCAGCCAGCCGCCGGCAGCCAGCCUCUGGCCCAGCCAGCGGCCAGCCAGCCGGCCAGCCAGCCGGACAGCCAACGCCUAUGGCCAGCCGCCGGCCAGCCAGCCGGGCCAGCCAGCCAGCCAGCCCGCAGCCAGCCAGACCAGCAGCCUCCAACUGGCCAGCUCCCAAGCCAGGCCAGCCCCGCCGACGCCCCAGCCAGCCAUCCGCCAGCCUUAUGUAGCCAGCCAGCCCAGGCCACGCCAGUCAAGCCGCCAGCCAGCCAGCCAGCCAGCCAGCCAGCCAGCCAGUUCCCCAGCCAGAACCAGACAGCCAGCCCCAGCCAGACAGCAGCCAGCCAGAAACUGUGCUUUCUAAGGCCACCCAGUAGACCAGCAUUGCAAGACGUAGUGUUCGCCUAA